AUGGCCGCCGCCACCUCUGUGACAGGCCUGGUCACGUGGGCGCGCUCGCUUGUGAGGUCGCCGGGCCCCGGCAGGCGAUUGUCCCUUGCCGGGCCCCGUCCCGAGGCGGCGACUAUCCCUGUCAACCGGAGCCUGAGAGAUCAUGGCAACGGGCUCGGGCGGGGAGCGCGUGGCGGCGGCGGCGGCGGUAGCGGCGGCGGCAGUUUGGUCGCGGGCCGGGACGGCGGAGCGGCGGCGGAGGCGGCGGUGGCUGUGGCGCCGGCACCGGCCCUGAGCGUCAUGUGGCGCAGCAGCCUCGAGCAGGACUCAGCGGCCGGGUGGGAGACGGACGAGACGGCGGCGGCCGAUUCGCUAGAGGCGGAGGAGGGAGAGCAGCUGAGCGUAGACGCGGGCGCCGCCGGGGAGCCCGAGCGCCCGGAGCGAGAGGAGCAGCCCAAGGCCGUGGGCCGGACCCUGACCCCGACGCGACGCCGCGCGACCGAGGAAGGAGAUGUCCGCGUUGUCCGCCGGCUGCCGCCCGCGCUGCCCCAGGACCCGCCGAGGCCGGUGGCACGGGCCCUGAGCCAUCUCGUGCAGGCCCGGGGCCGGAACCGGGGCUAUCGGCGGAACGCGGACUCAGUGCGGCCGGUCACCGUGGACAGCUCCAAGGCUCGCACUUCUCUGGACGCGCUGAAGAUCAGCCUUCGCCAGCUCAGGUGGAAGGAGUUCCCAUUUGGCCGGCGCUUGCCUUGUGACAUCUACUGGCAUGGAGUUUCAUUUCGAGACAAUGACAUACUCUCCGGUCAAGUGAACAAAUUUCCAGGCAUGACGGAGAUGGUGCGUAAAAUCACCUUGAGCAGAGCUCUGAGGAUCAUGCAGAACCUGUUUCCCGAGGAGUACAACUUCUACCCUCGCUCAUGGAUCCUGCCUGAGGAGUUCCAGCUCUUUGUUGCUCAGGUCCAAACGGUGAAAGACAAUGACCCCACCUGGAGGCCCACUUUUAUUGUGAAACCGGACAGUGGCUGUCAGGGCGACGGAAUCUACCUCAUUAAAGAUCCCUGUGACUGCCGCCUGACUGGGACCCUGCAUAACAGGCCGGCAGUGGUCCAGGAGUACAUCCGCAAGCCUCUCCUUAUCGACAAACUCAAGUUCGACAUCCGUCUGUAUGUCCUGCUGAAGUCCUUGGACCCCUUAGAAAUCUAUAUAGCCAAAGAUGGACUCUCUAGGUUUUGUACAGAGCCAUAUCAAGAACCCAACCCCCAGAACCUGCACCAUGUCUUCAUGCACUUGACCAACUACUCCCUGAACAUCCACAGCGGCAAGUUCGUCCACUCAGACAGCGCCAGCACAGGCAGCAAGAGGACUUUCUCUAGCAUUCUCUGUAGACUGUCUUCCAAAGGUGUGGACAUCAAGAAGGUCUGGUCUGAUAUCAUCUCCUUAGUUAUUAAGACUGUCAUCGCCCUGACCCCAGAGCUCAAAGUUUUCUACCAGUCAGACAUCCCAACAGGGAGGCCGGGGCCCACCUGCUUCCAGAUUCUAGGCUUUGACAUUCUUCUGAUGAAAAACCUGAAGCCCAUGCUACUUGAAGUGAAUGCAAACCCCAGCAUGAGGAUUGAGCAUGAGUACGAACUCUCUCCAGGAGUGUUUGAAAAUAUCCCCAGCCUGGUGGACGAAGAAGUGAAGGUGGCCGUGAUCAGAGACACGCUGCGCCUCAUGGACCCGAUGAGGAAGAAAAGGGAGAUCCAGUAAGUCUCUAGUGUGUUACUGCUUUCUGCCGGUUCCUUCAUGUCUCUGCUGUGUCCCAGGCAGGUGAAGUAACUUCUUGAGAACUAAAUGGAGAGACCACACAUCUCAUAAAUAGUCCCAUGUCACCAGCAACUCAAGAGCAGGAAUGGUUGAGAGUACAGCUCAAUGGUAGAGCUUAUGCUAGCCUGUGUGAGACCCUAAGUCCAAUUCCCAGCACCACAUGCAACCUACCAACCAACCAAUACACACUGAACUGACGAGGGGCGGGAUCCAGUGAUACAUUUCCCACAGCCAUCCAAAUC